ACAAACCAAGAAUUCUCUCUCCCCUUCAUCAACGAUGAGAUGAUGAUCAUACGCCGGAAAAAUCAAAAUUCAGAAAAACUCAGUGAUAUGAUGAAGACGAAGGAUGAUCAGAGUGAAAGAGAAGCACGGAAUUAGAGUUUUCAAUUGAUAGAAGUUUCAAAUAAUUCAAUUAGGGAUUCAUUUCAGUUUGAUAGUCGGAUUGAAAGUUUGAUGAUUUAUGAUUCAGGAGCACUAUAGAUUUUCUGGGCUAUAUUUGAUAUACAUUAUUACAUCGUUUUGCUGAUUGAGCUGCGAACAUUUCUGGGUUUUGAUUCUGAAGUUGGAUACAGAAGAUUAUUAGGGUUUUACGAUGGUGAGCACCGGUGAAUCAGAUCGGAAAAGACGGAGUGUGAGUUCAGUUUCACAUUCAACUACUUCUAAUAGGAAACAACCUGUAUCUGAAGAAAAGAAGAUUGACACUAUAGUACUUCAAUAUCAAAAUCAAAAGCUUUCCCAGAAACUGGAAUGCCUGAAAAUGGACCGUAUGGCACUAGAGCGUAAAAUUCGUCAAAUGAUUGAAAGGCAACAACCCUAUGACGAGAUAAUUGUUAUGAUAAACAAGUCUAUGGAGGAGCUUUUUAGAAGUUGUGAGUCACGUUCUACUAUAAUGAAGGGUUUGCUGAGCAGUCAACAUGAUCAUAGGAAUCAAUUGAACGAAAAGGACAAUGCUUCUCCUAGUUUCCUUGUAGAAACUGGCGGAAUUGAUACACGCGGUCAGAUUGAGGUGAAUGCAAAAAUGCUUUGUGAGAAAUCUAGCAGAAUAAUCCGCAACUUGGAGUCAACAAUGGAGACUCUAUUCUCUUGUAAGGAUAGUCUGCAUGAAUCAGCUAUGAAAGUGCUUCCUGAAGAUGAUAAGAAAGAGGCAUUCAGUACUUUACAGGAAGAGAUCAAGAAUCUUAGACGUAUUUUGAAAGAUCUACUUAUGAGGCAUAAAUCAUUGUUGCGAGAGUUGCAGACUCAUAGAGACACUGAUACAGGGAAUAAAGCUGUUAUCAGAGGGUUGGAGGGUGAACUGAAGAGUUUUAUUGCUGAAUUAGAGAAAAGCAAUUCUAAAUUGUCUGCUGUAAAAGCAGGAAGAGAUGCAACAAUUUCAUCUUUUCCCAUACUAAAUUUGGCAAAUAAGCCUGUUUCUGCUGAUAAGACGAGAGAUAAACAGAAAGAUCUGCAAGAUAUGGAGUCUGCAUACAAGGAAUUGCUGGAUGAAGCCUCUGGUCAGUUAGUUGAACUCACACAUCUGCAUGAAGAACGGAUAAGAAUUCUGAAACAACUCUCUGAUGCUCAGAACACUUUGAAGAGUUUAAAGGGGAUCUCCUCAUCUCAAGCUUUUCUCUUGGUAAAGGAGCAACUUGCAAAGUCAAAGACAGAUGCCCUCUAUUAUCAAACCCUAUUUGAAAAACUGCAGGUUGCGAAAGAUAACCUAUUGUGGUUUGAAAAAGACACAGCUGUAAAAAGUGACAUUUUGGAUGUUUUACAGAAGAGUUGUGUAGUUGCUGAUUCCAGAAUAGUGGAAUUGGGAGUUGAGAUACAGAAACAACUUGAUGAAAGAAAACUAAUUGAGACUAGGCUAGAAGAGUCGUCAAGAGAAUCUGGUAGGAAAGAAGUAAUUUCAGAAUUUAAGGCCCUGAUUUCUUCUUUUCCUGAAGAAAUGGGGAAUAUGCAGAAUCAAUUAAGUAAAUACAAAGAAGCUGCUUCAGAUGUGCAUUCUUUGCGGGCAGAUGUCAAAUCUAUUUCUGGUGUGCUUGUCAGGAAGUCUAAAGAGCUGGAAACUUUAUCAGCUAGAUCAGCCGAAGAAGUUGCUGAACUUCAUAAGUUGCAAACUAUGCUUGAUGACUUAAAAGAGUGUGAUUCGGAGUUGAAAAUUUUCUUAGAAAUGUACACGCUUGAAUCCACUGACUCAAGAGAUCUUCAGGAUGCCAGGGAUGCUGAGUGUAAGGCAUGGGCUCAAGUCGAGAUCUUGAAAUCAGCUCUGAAUGAGCAUAAUUUAGAGACACGCGUUAAAGCUGCUAUUGAAGCUGAAGGCCAUUCUCAACAAAAGUUAACAGCUGCCGAAGCUGAAAUUGCUGACUUGAGACAGAAAUUAGAAGCUUCAAAAAGGGAGAAAUCUAGGCUUUCUGAUGUCUUGAAGUCAAAAAAUGAGGAACAUGAAGCCUACUUAUUUGAAAUAGAGUCAAUUGGUCAAGCAUACGAUGACAUACAGACAAAAAACCAACAACUUUUGCAGGAAGUAACGGAGCGGGAUGAUUACAAUACUAAGCUUGUUCUAGAAGGAGUUCGGGCAAGACAGCUGAAUGACAAUCUUCUUAUGGAGAAAAGAACAUUGGAGAGGAAUAAUCAGCAAACCAAAGCCUCUGUUGGAUUGUAUGAGGUGAAAGCAAAAAGAACAGAGGAUCAGUUAAAGAUGUCUAAAGACCAUCUUCAGAAACUUAUUGAUGGUAGGCAUCAAAACACGUCGACCCUAGAAAUCAUGAGAAAGAAAUUGUUGGAUACGAAUAAAUCAUCUCAGCAACUGAAGGAGUCUCUGGAAGCAUCACGAUUGAAGGUUGAAUCUGGUCGAACUAGUCUUACAGAGAUGCAAGUAGAACUGGAUAUAGUGAGGUUCAAGAGGAGAAGAACUGAAGAGGAAUUGGAAACUUUGAGAAGAAAAGCUUCCCUUCUUAAGUCGGAAAUAGAGGGAUCCUCUGUGGUUCAAAAGCUUCGGAAGGAACUCGCAGAGUACAAGGAAAUACUGACAUGUGGCAUUUGUCAAGAAAGCCCAAAGGAGGUGGUUAUUACGAAAUGCUACCACCUAUUUUGCAAUCCUUGCAUCCAAAGAGUUAUUGAAUCACGACAUCGAAAAUGCCCAAUUUGUGCUACAAGUUUUGGAGCUAACGAUGUUAAACCUAUUUAUAUCUGAGAAUCAUAAUCUUAAAUUUGACGGACCACCUUUGAAUGAGUUUGUAGCUCAUUGUUUUAAAAAUUAGAAUGAAUUUAAGGGAGAUUUCUUGGUUUAGUUUCAAAAGUUUGAAUUAUUUUGGUUUUGAUUGGAUUUUUUUGAAGACAGCUCAUUAUUUUUGAAUUUUGCUAUUC